AUGUUACCUGCACGCCAAUUUGCAGAUACGCGCUCGCAGCAUCAAACACUGCACACGUUUUUAACAAAUUGUCGUCCGGCAACCGCACCUUUUAAUGUGGUGCAGAGACUCACAGCAGGGCUUACGGCACUUGACAAUAAACUAGUAUCGCGACAGCGACGACAUAAUGUUGAACGUUCAAGGGCCUCACGUAAAAAGCAGGUCGCAUCACCGGUUCCCGAAUUUUUACAACAAAACGACAAUGGAGAGGAAGUACUUGAUGCAGUGCUUGGAAUAGAAGUACAAAACCCUAGUCAACGUGAGCCAGAGCUCUUAUUUAUUGCUGUAUUCCAUGGCAAAGACUUGUACCCUUCCCCGCUCGCCUAUUUACCAACGGAUUUUGACACUAGGCGACAGAUUUUGGCUUGUCGUUACCGUGUACUGAGGAAGAUCGGAGAAGGUACGUUUUCUCAGACAGUAUGUGCCGAGGACUUAUAUUAUCCCGGACGGCAUCUUGUUGCGAUUAAGAUAAUGACUAUUUCAUACAACGCAAUUGGUGUACAGUAUUUGGGAGGAGGGACAAUAUCUAUACCGCAAAAUAACAGCGAGCAGGAACGAUUGCAUAUGUUGAGGAAGGUAGCAUGCCAGCUUUUAACGGCGCUUAUGUACCUUCGGGAAAUGGGUGUGAUACAUGCUGAUCUUAAGCCUGAAAAUAUCAUUGGUCUAACUGUUGAUUCGUACAAACUGAAAGUAAUAGACUUUGGUAAUGCUCUUAGUUUGGAUGAUGUCUACCAUUAUUACGAAACAUUUGAGAUACAAAGCCUUUUAUAUAGAGCACCUGAGGUACUCUUAGGCUUGCCAUUUGGACUAGAGAUUGACAUGUGGUCGCUUGGAUGUUUAUUAUGCGAGUAUUGGUUAGGUUAUCCCAUAUUUCAAAGUUCGACAACUGACGGGAUGGUAAGAGCAAUAACUGAUGUUCUAGGGUAUCUUCCUGACACACCUUACAAGAACGGCAAGUUUAUAAUACGCGGCACAUUGGAAAGCGACAGUGAGCUCGAUGACGACAAAACUCACGAUAUAAAGGCAGGACUUCUUUCUAUACUAUUGUUGGUUCUCUUUGGCAUUCUGGCGUUUACUACUUUCGGUAUUGCCACCUUUUUUGCAGUGAUUGCAUGGGUGAUUGCGUUUAUCCUUGUGUUUGUAGAGGUUCCAAUAUUUCUAAAAAUUUGCCCAACGAGUCCAAGAUUCGAUUCAUUUAUUAAGAAAUUUAAGAAUCAUUACGUUCGUGCCGUUGGAUAUCUUGUAUGUGCUACUAUAUUGUGGCUAUUUCUCAUCAAAACAUUUGUUCUCAUUGCCCCAGCCAUUACUUUGACGGCUGCUGGAAUAUUUUACGGUAUUGCUGCAGUAACUCAUCAACCACACGCAUCAAGUUCAAUCACUGGUGGCACUGGUGUCAGUGGUAUUGUUUAA